UUUCCCAUGGUGGAGCCGAUCCUGCCCAGCCUGCAGGAGGAUGGCAUCGUGGUGUGGGUGCUGGGCGCGGGGCCGUACCCCCCUGGUGUGGUGGCCCUGCAGGAGCUGCUGGAUGAGGCCUCGGAGGAGCUGGAGCCCGAGGACGUGUGGCAGCCCGAGGACAUGAACGACACCUGCCUCUACAUCUUCACCUCGGGCACCACCGGUCUACCCAAGGCCGCCCGCGUCUCCCACCUCAAGUCCAUCAUGUGCCUGAGCUUCUACGAGCUGGUGGGCGCCUCCAGCCGCGACGUGGUGUACCUGGCGCUGCCGCUCUACCACAUGGCCGGGUCGCUGCUGGGCAUCGUCGGCUGCAUCGGCAUCGGGGCCACGUGCGUGCUGAAGGAGAAGUUCUCGGCCAGCCAGUUCUGGGACGAUUGCCGUGCCGAGGGCGUCACUGUCUUCCAGUACAUCGGGGAGCUCUGCCGCUACCUGGUCAACCAGCCCCAGUGCCCUGGGGAGCGGCAGCACGGGCUGCGGCUGGCGGUGGGCAGCGGGCUGCGCCCCGACGUCUGGCGGCGCUUCCUGGAGCGCUUCGGGGCCAUUCGCAUCGUGGAGACCUACGGGCUGACCGAGGGCAACGUCACCCUCUUCAACUACACCGGCACGCCGGGCGCCGUGGGGCGCAGCAGCUUCAUCUACAAGCUCUUCUCGCCCUUCGAGAUCGUGCGCUACGACGUGGCCAAGGGAGCCCCGGUGCGGGACGCGGCCGGGCGCUGCAUCCGCGUGGGGACGGGCGAGACGGGGCUGCUGAUCGCCCCGGUGACCCCCCGGACCCCCUUUCUGGGCUACGCCGGCAGCCAGGAGCUGUCGGAGCAGAAGCUGCUGCGCGGGGUCUUCGCCGAGGGCGACACCUACUUCAGCACUGGUGACCUGGUGGAGCAGGAUGCGGCCCAGUUCGUCCGCUUCCGCGACCGCACUGGCGACACGUACAGGUGGAAAGGCGAGAACGUGGCCACCACAGAGGUGGCCGAAGCCCUGGCGGCCCACGAGGCGCUGCAAGAAGUCACCGUCUACGGCGUCAGCGUGCCAGGCCACGAGGGCCGUGCCGGGAUGGCGGCGCUGGUGCUGCGCCCCGGCUGCCGGCUGGACGGCGCCGGGCUCUACCAGCACGUGGUGGAGCUGCUGCCCCCCUACGCCCGCCCCCGCUUCCUCCGGCUGCAGGAGCGCCUGGAGAUGACGGCGACAUUCAAGCAGCAGAAGGUGCGCCUGGCGCAGGAGGGCUUCGACCCAGCGCGCGUCCCCGACCCCCUCUUCCUGCUGGACGAGGCCACCCGGGCCUACGUGCCCCUCGGCCCCGCGCUCUGGGAGGACGUCGUGGCCGGGCGGGUCCGGAUUUAGGCCGGUGCCCCGAGGGGCCGAGUGGUCCAGCAGGGGGUGGCCCACGGCGAUCCGUGGCUGUCCUUAAGUCCCCACGUCCGUCCUGCAGUCCUCACAUCCGUCCUACAGGCCCCACGUCCAUCUUACAGGCCCCACGUCCAUCCUGUGGUCCCUAGGUCUGUCCUGCGGUCCUCAUGUCUGUCCUGCGGUCCUCAUGUCUGUCCCGCAGCCCCCACGUCCAUCCUACAGUCUCCAUGUCCAUCCCGUGGCCCCCACAUCCAUCCUACAGCCCCCACAUCCAUCCUGCAGUCCCUAUGUCUAGCCUACAGCUCCCAUGUCCAUCCUGCACCCCACGUCCGUCCCGUGGCCCUCACGUCCAUCCUACAUGCCCCACAUCCAUCCUGCAGUCCCCUUGUCCAUCCUGAGGUCCCCACGUCCAUCCUGCAGUCCCCAAAUCUGUCCUGCGGUCCCUAUAUCCAUCCUACAGCCCCCACAGCUGUCCUGGGGUCCCCGCAUCCAUACUGCGGUCCUCCUGUCUGUCCUGGGGUCCCCACAUCUGUCCUGGGGUCCCCCGGUCCGUCCUGCCAGCCCCAGGUCCCCCCCGUCUCCCUGUCCCCCCCCCAUGGGACUCCUGCCCCAGCCGCCGGUGCCUUCCCCCUCCUCGGGGCCCUUUCUAUGUAAAAUUCUCCCAUUUCGGGUUGUUUUUUUGGCAAAUAAAGACUUUUUGUAGC